AUGGCCGAUACACAAGACGUUCAAUCACCCGUCUCGGAGCAAGAGAAACGAACCCAACUCGAUGAUUUGAUCGCACGUGCUGCUGCAAAAGAUGCGACCAAAGACCACGACUCUGCCUCCGAGCUGUACUCUCAAGCUACUGAGCUCCAGGCCGAACUCAACGGCGAAUUGUCCCCCGAGAAUGCAGAUUUACUCUAUGCUUACGGAAAGUCAUUGUACAACGUGGCUGUGAGUAAAAGCGAUGUCCUUGGCUCCAAGGUAGCCGGCGAGCAGCCGCAAUCCGGCACGGCAUCUUCCACGAAUACAUCUUCCGCUGGGUCGAAAUCCACCAGUGAUUCCCUUGUUCAAGGCGCGAUCUCCAAUUCGAUGGAAAAGUCCUCUUCCGCCAAGCGCGCAGGCAAAGGACCAGAGCCCACAGAAUCCAAGCCGUUUUUCCAGUUUACAGGAGACGAGAACUUCGUUGACUCCGAUGACGAGGAUGACGAAACUGCUGAGCAAGCCGAUGACGAUGAAGAAGACGACGAUUUCGCCAAUGCGUUUGAGGUCCUAGAUCUUGCCCGUGUUUUGUACCUCAAGAAGCUGAGUGCUGCAGAGGAAAAUGACGGGGGCAAAGGAAAAUCGACUGUGGUAUCCUCGGACAUAAAGCACAUCAGGGAAAGAAUCGCAGACACACACGAUCUUCAAGCUGAAAUUUCGCUGGAAGCAGAGAGAUUCAGUGAAGCAGUUACUGACUUGAGAACCGUUCUCGAAUUGAGAAACUCGCUAUAUCCUCUAGAGGAUCCCUCUGUUGCUGAGUGCCAUUAUAAGCUCUCCCUCGCCCUGGAAUUUGCAUCAGUCCAACAAGGUGAUGAGGAGAAUGGUAACGAUAAACCCAAAGUUGAUGAAGACAUGAGGAAAGAAGCUGCCACUCAAAUGGAACAUGCCAUCGCGAGCUGCAAGGUCCGAAUGGCCCAAGAGGAGAAGAAACUUGAAGCCGAAAAAGAUGGGGACGAGGACAAGGCAACUGCGACAAAGCGCAAGAUCGCCAAUGUCAAGGAGAUCGUCACCGAAAUGGAGCAAAGGCUUAUUGAUCUGCGCCGACCACCUGUCUCAAUUGAGCAGAACGACCAAGCCAACGAGGCUAUGUUAAAGGGAGUUCUGGGUCAGAUUAUCGGUCAAUCCGCAACAGACCAGAAAGCUCAGCUUGAUGCAGCUAGUAAGGGAGCAACAGAUCUGUCUGCCUUUGUCAAACGUAAGCCUGCAAAGCAGCCAACCCAGCAAGCCGAAACUGCCUCGAAAAGACCGGCCGAAGAACCUGCGGAGAAUGACUCCAAGCGGUCUCGUGUUGACGAUGCUUCCUCGUGA